UGUGGGCGUGCGGACACUGGUGCAAAGUGGGCAUCUCUGUGGGCGCCGUGCCCUUGUUUGUGUUCCCACUCGCCUGUGCCAUCCUCUGCAGACCCGACGCGGGCUGUGGCAGAAAGCAAAAGCACGGUGGGAUCUCCCUAGGAACAUUCCCCAGCGACGACAGGUCUUCUUCGUUGCCUUACAAUCCCCGGGACGAGACCCACGACUCCCUUGUGCAUGGGAUAGGCCUACGCAAUUCCCCGAGGCCGGAGCAUAACUUUGUUACGCCCAUCAAUUUGGCUGUGAAUCGACAGCAAGUGGGAAUUCCCUCGCAACCGCCUCGUCAUAGAGCAGACUCUCGGCGAAGGAGAAUUCGGGAAGGUGAUGAAGGCGCGGGCACAGGGAUCAACGGGACCCUGGGCUAUACGACGGUGGCGGUGAAGAUGCUGAAGUCGAACAGCACUCCGGCCGAGUUGGCUGACCUGCUGUCGGAGUACACGCUGCUGAAGGAGGUGUCGCACCCCAACGUGGUCAAGUUACUGGGCGCUUGCACCAGCAAGGGCGGCCCCAUCUACAUCAUCAUCGAAUACUGCCAAUACGGGUCCCUCAGGAACUACCUCAAGAGAUCGAGACACUUCGAGUUCGAGACCCGCGUGGGGUCCGGCCCGUCUGAAGGGACCGCGGGCGACUACUCCGUCACGCCGAAGGACCUGCUCUCCUUCGCCUGGCAGAUCUGCAAGGGCAUGUCCUACCUCACGGAUAUGAAGCUGGUGCACCGUGACCUGGCGGCGAGAAACGUCCUUUUGGCCUCCGGAAAGCAAUGCAAAAUCUCCGACUUCGGCCUCACCAGAGACGUGUACGAGGGGGACCUGUACUUCAAGAGGAGCAAGGGCCGAGUGCCGGUGAAGUGGAUGGCCCUGGAAUCCCUCGUGGACCACGUCUACACCAGCAAGAGUGACGUGUGGGGCUUCGGGAUCCUCCUGUGGGAGCUCGUGACGCUAGGGACGCCGCCCUACCCUGGGAUCACGCCGGAGAGACUCUUCUCGCUCCUGAAGGCCGGCUAUCGCAUGGAGAAGCCCGAGAACUGCUCCCAGGAAUUGUACGACGUGAUGCUGCAGUGCUGGGCGGAGGACCCCAACCGGCGCCCGACCUUCCAGGAGCUCACCGACAUCUUCGACACAAUGAUCCAGGUCGACGUCGAGUACCUGGAACUCCGCUCGCUGAUCGUCACCAACCGCGGCUACUUCGACGGCCUGCCUCCGCCUCCCCCGAACCCCGAACAGCCGCAGCAGCAGCCGCCACCGCAGCCGCAGGUGCUGGACGCGCCGCCGCAGUUCCGCGAUUCCCCGCCGCAGUUCCAAGACGUGUCUCCCGCAUCGUCCAGUCAACACGACGUGACUCCACCGCCGCAGCCGCCGCCGCCGCCGCAGCUGCGUCUGGAUGAGUCGCGGCUGCAGUGCCCUGAGUCAGAUCCCAAUUAUUCAAUUAUAUCUAAUUUAGGAAUGUGUCGCGAAUGUCCAUCCCUACAUAUUCAAAUCUAA